AUUCUAUAAAUUAAUGAUUAAAUUUCAAAUUGUUUAUUUCGUCAUGUUGGUAGAAACGACAGGUAGAAAUUUUUUCCAUUGGGUUGGUAUUAUUCAUCGCUGUCAAUCUGUCAUUAAAGAUGUGUCAAAAAUCUAGCAAAAAGGGCAAAAAGUAAAAAUAACUGCAUAAUUUGAACUAAUUAUUAUAAAUUAUUUAAAAAGCAGUUAAAUUUAAUAAAAUUGCAUCCAUUCUAAAUAAGAAUGGCGUAUUUAUUUCAACCUGAGUAUGUGAAAUAUGCUUGCAGUUGUGGAUCAUUGAAACCAAUUUCUAAAAUUUAUUUUUGUCGUCACUGCUUGAAAAUUCGAUGUGGUUACUGUGUCUGUCAAGAGGUGGAUUCACAUUAUUGUCCCAGUUGUUUGGAACAAUUGCCAACGUUAGAAGCUCGUAUUAAAAAGAACAAAUGUUUCAAUUGUUUCGAUUGUCCAUGCUGUCUGCAGACAUUAUCGGUUCGGGCUGGACACGCUUUAAUAAAACAAUCAUCGGCAGCGGAGGAUUCAAAGGCGCCUCCAAAGAAAGUUUAUUAUCUCUUUUGUUCACUGUGUCGUUGGAGUUCUAGAGAUGCUGGCAUUCCUGAUCAAUCGAUCGCAACUGGCAGUUGGCCGGAGCAGGAAAAUCCGAAUACAAAUAGAAUUAACAUAUUGAUUGAUUAUCAUAAAGCUUUGGCGACCAAGGAGAAACAGCAACGCGAUAGAAAGAAAAAACACACUUUUCUACAAUUUGAAAAAUUCGGUCUAACUUCGGCAAUGGCUCGCAAACGUGUUGGUCGACCUCCUCUACCCGAGCCGAAAUAUCAAGAGAGUAAUCGACCAACUUCUGCCCUCGCGAUUGAAAAAGUCGAGGAAUUGCCUGCGAAUAUUUUUACCGAGCCAGUUGACAUAACAAAAAUCACGACAUUAGAGCAACGCCUUCAUCAUCCUGAAGUACAGGCAGAGACAAUAAAUGAAUUGCGUCCUCAGCAUAAGCAGUUUUUGGUGAAACGCUCACAACGUUGUCGUGCUUGUGAGCAUAAUGUCAGUAAACCCGAUUUCUCCUCUCACUCGACGAAAUUUAAAAUUCAACUCGCUGCCUUUUAUCACGUACCGGAAGUAAGAAUUGUCACCUGCGAGCCAUUGCGUACAGGAAAAACAAGCGAAUUACUUCUAAAGUUUUGUAAUCCAACACAACAUCAGAGUCAAAUUAUUUUAUUUUCCGUCGACACUGCCACUACACCGACAACAGUGACAAUAACCGGCGAGAAAGUCGAAGUCAAACGUGAAACAAUGCAACUCGGUACCGAGUCGCCAAAUUUACUUCCAUCGGCAGUGAGGCAAAUGAUUGUGACGGAAGAUCCAAAGCCAAUAAAAAUUACACCAAACGCUGAAUUAACAUUACCGCACAGUGCAUUAAUUCUCCCUCCUCGUGACGAUGCCGCUGAAUAUGACGAUACUGGAGAUUCACACAAUUUCCAAGAUGAUCCAAAACUAGUUGUUUGGCGAAAAGGAAACAAAGCAGUUGUGAGAUUACUCGUGACGCCAAAUCCCAGUGAAACGAAUGAAGCCGGAAAUCCCGUGAUUAUAGGAUUUGUAAUGCAAUAUGGAUACGUGAAUACAAUUGCAACUUUAGAGCAUAAAGCACCACAGAAACUUGAUUUACGAGCAAAGCUAUUUUUAACAGUUGGAAAUCUUCACGGAUCGACAUAAAAAUUUAGCUUAGAAUGUUAUUUAAACAAUUUUUUUUUUUGAAUUUAGGUACUAAACGCACGUUAUUUUUAAUUAAUAAUUUUAUAACUAAUAAAGUGAAAUGUAAUCAUAUUAGUGAUCGCGUUUAAUAUACCGAAGGCUUUUUAUCAAGUGUAUCGUAUAAUAAAUUUUUAUUUAAUAUAAAAA